AUGAUCAUAUCUGGUGUAACAGACCAAGAGCAUCUUGACAACCUAGAAGAAGUUCUCAGUCGACUUAGUGAACAUGGUCUCAGAGCCAACAUCGGUAAGUGCGAAUCUUCAAAGAAAGAAUCGAGUUCUGUGGUCAUGAGAUCAGCAAACUGGGUCUGCACAAGUCCCAACAGAAAGUGAAUGCUGUGAUAAAUGCACCACGUCCUGAGAGUGUUUCCCAAGUUCGUUCCUUUGUUGGUCUUAUUAAUUAUUACCACGAUUUCCUUCCAAACCUUUCUACCUUACUUCAACCACUAAACCAGUUGCUCGAAAAAGAGAGACGGUGGAAAUGGACCUCGGAAUGUGAGCAAGCUUUUCUGAAAGCAAAGGAGUUAAUUGCAUCCGAGGAAGUCCUUGCACAUUAUGACCCUCAACGCCCAAUCAAGUUAGAAUGCGAUGCAUCUCCGUAUGGGUUGGGGGCAGCUUUAACACAAGUGAUGGGUGAUAAUACUGAAUGACCAAUAGCUUAUGCUUCAAGGUCCCUUACAAAAACUGGAAAACUAUUCUCAGAUAGAUAAGGAAGCAUUGGCUUUAGUAUGGGGUGUGAAGAAAUUCCAUACUUACAUAUUUGCACGACAUUUCACUCUGCGAACAGAUCAUAAACCAUUGACAGCAAUUUUCAGUCCAACCAAGAUUAUACCAGCAACGACUGCUGCUCGAGUCCAACGAUAUGCACUAUUCCUUUCAGGGUUUGACUACGAGAUUGAACACCGUAGUUCAACACAGCAUUGUAAUGCAGAUGGAUUGUCCCGUUUACCUCUAGCAACCACUGAAGAUGAAGAAAAUCAGUCUGUUGACCCGGUUGAGGCAUUUCAUGUGUCACAGUUCAGCAUGUUGCCUGUAACUUGGCAGCAAGUACGCAAAGCAACCCAACGAGAUUCUACCCUCGCCCAAGUGUAUGAGCAUGUCAUGAAAGGCUGGCAUGAAAAUAAAGACCCCAACCUGCGUGCGCAACCCUUUUACUCUCGAAGAAACGAACUAACUAUGCACCAAGGAUGUAUUAUGUGGGGGAGCAGAGUUGUCAUUCCCACAAAGUUACGAAGCGAAGUGCUACAAAUAUUACACGAAAGUCAUGUUUGUGUGGUUAGAAUGAAAGCUCUGGCUAGAAGUUACGUUUGGUGGCCAGGAAUUGAUUUGGAGAUUGAAAGGAUGCAGUGGUUGCCAGCGGGUUCAACAUGCCCCCAAAUGCUCAACAUUACACCCAUGCGAGUGGCCAUCUACCCCCUGGUCACGUAUUCAUGUCGAUUUUGCAAGUUUAGACCAUUUCUUGCAAUGAUAUUUUUAGUGAUUGUUCACGUUCAUUCAAAAUGGUGA